AUGGACGCUAUUCAUCGUGGUGAUUCAGAUUGCUCAAAAGUGGGGAAAUCAAUUAUUUUGCCUUCGUCAUACACUGGGGGACCACGAUAUAGAGUACAAAAUUAUCAAGAUGCUAUGACAAUUUGUAAAUGGGCAGGAUAUCCUAAUUUAUUUCUUACUUUCACUUGCAACCCAAAGUGGCCAGAAAUAAAUGAUAUGAUCCAUUUAAUAGGGCACAAAGAUGAUAACAAUCGGGUCGAUAUCAUAUGCAGAGUAUUUGAGAUAAAGCUAUUCCAACUAAUGUACGAUCUGAAAAAAGAACAACCGUUUGGAAAGAUAAUCAAAUGUAUAUACACAAUUGAGUUCCAGAAAAGAGGACUGCCUCAUGCACACAUACUACUUUUCUUGCAUUCGACAUUGAAAAAUCCUUCAGCAGACCAUAUUGAUAAUAUAAUAAGCGCGGAAAUCCCGGACUUAAAUGUUAAUCCUGAUGGUUAUAAUGACGUCAAUAAAUUUAUGAUUCAUGGACCUUGUGGAAAAAUUAAUUCAAACUCUCCAUGUAUGAUGCAAGAUAGGUGCACAAAACAUUUUCCAAAAAAAUUCAAUGAUCAAACGACCAUCGACAUAGAUGGCUUUCCAGUCUACAAAAGGAGAAAUACAUGUAUUCAUGUCGAAAAGAAAUGUGUCCUUUUAGAUAAUCGAUAUGUAGUCCCUUAUCACAGGAAUUUGGUUGUCAAAUUUGAUGCACAUAUUAAUGUCGAGGUUUGCAAUUACUCUAGAUCAGUCAAAUACCUUUUCAAAUAUGUUCAUAAAGGGUAUGACAGAACUAUUGCAACAAUGGAAUCUAUUGACACUGCCAAAGAAAUAGAUGAGAUAAAAACAUAUUUGGAUUGCAGAUAUAUCUCGGCAACUGAAGCUUGCUGGAGAAUAUUCCAAUUUGACAUACAUUACAGACAGCCAGCAGUUGAAAGAUUACCAUUCCAUUUACCUGGAGAGCACACAGUAAUAUUCGAAGAAAACAAAUGUGUUGAAAAUGUUGUUUGCAUACCUGGAAUAGAAAAAACAAAGUUCACUCAAUGGUUGGAGGCAAACAAGAAUUAUGAUGAUGCACGAGAGCUAACUUAUUCGGAUUUCCCUAUAAGUUGGGUUUGGAAUUCAAAGGAGAAAACAUGGACUAGGAGAAAAAAUGGAUUGGCAAUUGGAAGAAUUUACUUUGCGCAUCCUUCGACUGGAGAACGCUUCUAUUUGAGAAUGUUGUUAAAUUUUGUCAAAAGGUGCACUUCUUAUGAAAGUAUUAGAACAAUAAAUGGGGUGACAUAUCCUAAUUCUAAAGGCGCAUGCUGUGCUUUGGGAUUGUUAGACAAUGAUAAAGAGUGGAUAGAUUGCUUGACUGAAGCUGCAAUAUGGGCAACUGGAAAAGAAUUAAGACAUCUUUUCGUCACGAUACUCAUUCACUGUCAGGUUUCUGAUGCGUCACAACUUUGGAAAUCUAAUUAUAUUGCAUUGUCAGAAGACAUAACUUCAUUGCAAAGGAAGAGAUUUAGAAUGAAUGAUCUUAAGUUAAUUGAACAACAAGUUGAAGCAUACACAUUGUUCGAGAUUGAAAGUAUCAUGCUGAAGAUGGGAAAAAGUUAG